AGUGAUUGUCGGUGUUUAUCAAGUAUUUGCGGUAUUGUAGUUAAGGUGCAUUGUGGUGAAUACUUCUAUUUUUGCACGUGACGUGAUUUGUCGAAAGUUCAAAAUGGCGGACAGCACAACUGGUACAAAUGCCUUUGACAAGCUAAAGAAGCCUCUGUCAGUGGGAGGGGAAGAAUGGCAGUACUACAGUCUCCCAGCCCUUGCUGAUAAAAGAUACGGUAAACUGCCGUAUUCCAUCCGAGUGUUAUUAGAAUCAGCAGUGAGGAAUUGCGAUGAUUUUUAUGUGUACCAGUCUGAUGUUGAGAAAAUAUUAGACUGGGAGGUGAACCAGUCCAGAAGUGUUGAAAUUCCGUUUAAGCCAUCACGUGUUAUCCUACAAGACUUCACGGGAGUACCAGCCGUGGUAGACUUUGCUGCCAUGCGAGAUGCGGUGCAGAGAUUGGGCGGCGACCCGGAGAAAAUAAAUCCAGUAUGUCCUGCAGAUCUGGUGAUAGAUCACUCCAUCCAAGUUGAUGUCUCUAGAAGCAACCUAGUCAAUUCUCCCAACCCAGGCGGAGGUCAAAAGUCAUGCCAAAGGUCAAAAACAGGUGCAGCCUUGAAGGUCAAGAGUCAAGGUCAACCAAAUGCACCAUGUGACCUGUGUCAAGUUCAAGGUCGUGAUUUACCCAUCUCAGAUAAAGUCUGUCCCUUUCACGGAGCAAAAACUCCUGGUGCUGAUGCCUUAGAGAAGAAUCAGAUGUUGGAAUUUGAAAGGAACAAGGAAAGAUUUGUUUUUCUCAAGUGGGGUGCUAACGCAUUGAAGAACAUGUUGAUAGUGCCGCCCGGUUCCGGUAUCGUACAUCAAGUGAACUUAGAGUACCUGGCUCGCGUUGUGUUCAACGACAAAGGUGUACUCUAUCCGGACAGUCUUGUUGGAACAGACUCCCACACCACUAUGAUAAAUGGACUGGGUAUUGUUGGAUGGGGUGUAGGAGGUAUAGAGGCUGAAGCUGUGAUGUUAGGUCAAUCUAUUAGUAUGGUACUGCCAGAAGUAGUGGGAUAUAAACUGACUGGUGAACCAAAUCCAUUAACAACCUCAACUGACAUUGUCCUUACCAUUACAAAGCAUAUGUUAUGUAUUUUGUAUACAGGGAGAGACGAUGGAAAAAUAGCCCUCAUAGAAGCUUACCUCAAAGCCAAUCAAAUGUUCAGGAAUUUCAGAGAUGCCUCAGAGGAUCCUAUCUUCUCUCAGAUUAUAGAACUAGACUUGACCUCAGUGACCCCCUGCUGUUCUGGACCAAAACGCCCCCAUGACAAGGUCACUGUUGCUGAUAUGAGGACAGAUUUCAGAGACUGUCUAAAUAAUAAACCCAGUUUUAAGGGAUUUGGUAUUCCAGAAGACAAACAGUCCAUAACCGUCCCACUGGUGUUUGAUGGCCAGGAGUACACCUUGAAUCAUGGAUCUGUUGUAAUAGCGGCCAUAACUAGCUGUACCAAUACAAGUAAUCCUUCUGUGAUGUUAGGAGCAGGUCUUCUGGCGAAGAAGGCAGUAGAAGCAGGUCUUUCUGUAAAACCUUACAUAAAAACAAGUCUUUCACCAGGAAGUGGCGUAGUGACGUACUAUUUAAGAGAAAGUGGGGUGACGGAAUAUUUGGAAAAAUUAGGGUUUGACAUUGUGGGUUAUGGUUGUAUGACCUGUAUUGGAAACAGUGGGCCAUUACCGGAACCUGUCUCUGAAGCAAUAGAAAAGGGUGAUUUAGUAGCCUGUGGUAUUUUGUCGGGUAAUCGUAAUUUUGAGGGUCGUAUUCAUCCACUUACACGAGCAAACUAUUUAGCCAGUCCACCUCUUGUGAUAGCCUAUGCAUUAGCUGGCAGGGUCAAUAUUGACUUUGAGACAGAACCUCUAGGGACUGAUGGAGAGGGUAAACCUGUAUACCUAAGAGAUAUAUGGCCUACUAGAGACGAGAUCCAUACUGUGGAAAACAAGUUUGUAAUACCAUCCAUGUUUAAUGAAGUUUAUGCUAGGAUCGAGAAAGGAAAUGAGAGAUGGAACAAAUUAGAUGCCCCUGAGGGAAUCCUGUAUCCAUGGGAUACUAAGUCAACAUAUAUACAAAGCCCGCCCUUCUUUGAAACUAUGACAAGAGAAUUGCCAAAAAUACAAGGUAUUAAAGAUGCAUAUGUGCUUCUGAACUUUGGGGACUCAGUGACGACGGAUCAUAUUUCCCCUGCUGGAAGUAUAGCCAGAAACAGCCCAGCAGCAAGAUACCUAGCCAACAGAGGUCUUACGCCACGCGAGUUUAAUUCUUAUGGAUCACGACGUGGAAAUGAUGCCGUCAUGGCAAGAGGAACGUUCGCCAAUAUUCGCCUUGUCAAUAAAUUCCUGUCCAAGCCAGGAGCCAGGACUUUAUACUUGCCCACUGAGGAAGAGAUGGAUAUAUUUGAUGCCGCGGAGAGAUACAAGAAAGAGGGUAAACAGGUAGUUAUCCUGGCCGGCAAGGAAUAUGGGUCGGGUUCAUCGCGUGACUGGGCCGCCAAAGGACCGUGGAUCCUGGGUGUGAAAGCAGUCAUCGCCGAGAGUUACGAGAGAAUUCACCGCAGUAACCUUGUUGGUAUGGGUAUCAUACCAUUCCAGUAUUUGGACGGCCAGAAUGCCACCAGCCUCGGUCUGUCCGGUAAAGAAACUAUCACUGUUGAUCUACCACAGAAUUUACAACCAGGUCAAACUGUAGAGGUUAAGGUGUCAGGUGACAAGACAUUCCAAGUGAAAACUCGGUUCGACACAGAGGUAGAGCUUGUGUAUUUCAGAAAUGGAGGCAUCCUCAACUACAUGGUUCGAAAAAUCCUAAACGCUUAGAAAACUUUUCCGGUGCUAAAUCAAAAUUAUUGUACUACAUAUACCAUAUGGAGUCAUUGUUACAUACUAUUUUAGUAUGAUUUGUCAGUUUAGUGCAAUUACGGAUUAACUCCUAUUUAAGUUAAUAGGAAUUAACACGUUAUUGCACUAAGGUGACAAAUUAUCAGUUGCAUGUAUAUCAGCGGAAACUGUAAUUGAACUAGCUCAUCAUUUUUGCACAUAAUCAGUGAGAUUGGAUUGAUAUUUUCGUUACUUGUAUUAGAUUUAUAUAAUUGUUGUACAUCAUGGAAGAUGUUGUAUUUUGUAACUGGUAUUAGAUAUGUAACUCGUUAACUGUUUAAAUGGUGUCAAAUUGAACGGUGGUAUACCUAUUAACUUGUAUCAUAUUUAUUAUUUGUAUACCAUAUAAUUGCUAAUACUAUAUUUGUGAUUGGUAGACCUGGUUAAUUGUUUGAAUGGUGAACUAUUUUGUUAACUGUACAAAUGAGUUAUAAUUGGUAUACCUUGUUAAUGCUAUAGCUUUAAGAAAUACUAUAGAAGUCAUUUGAAGAAAAAGUCAAGAUAAUGUGAUAACUUGUUUGUUGUCAUUAAUCUAUGUGUAGUCGAUGUCGACAUGCAAAAUUGUUAAUGUAGCCCGUUACUUAGUUAUCAAAAUGAAACUUGGAAUGUUUGCUGUGCAGUAGUUUGACAAGGGACAUUAUUGUGAAAGCUUACAUUUUCUGAGUAAUGCCCCUUUUAAGUUUCGAAUUUUAACGUUGCUCUUGUCAUAAAAAUGUAAUAACUGGUACAAUUACUGGAAAUGUUCUUCUCUGUAACAGAUGUAUUACUUUAUUGUUAACUGAUCAGAUUAUUGUGUUUGUGGUCGCUGUGCUGUGCUGUACAGCCAGUAAAAAGACAUUGUUUGAAUUAUUGUACGCAAGUGUUGUCAGUUGUAAAUGUUAAAGAAUGGUUCUUUGUAAUGAAGUGUUGGCUUUAAUCUUAAAUUAAGACUGAUUUAUUUUGAUUGCAAAUGUUUGUUAGGAAGUAUGCUAAAACUUAACAAUGACCUUGAUUUUUGUAGCAUUAUAACUACUUUGAAAUAAAUGAUUGUUUUAAAUUUUUAAAAUGCAAAAUAUGAGUAUGUUUGUCAGUGUGUGCCUUUGUUGAUCAUGUUGAAAAAUAGCCAACUUAUUCAUUGGUUAGAAAUUGUAGAUUCAAGUUUUUAAAUUGAUUUUGUUGAUUCUUUCAUACACAAAAUCAUAAAUUUGAGUAGGCCAUAAUAAAGAAUACAGACAUACUGCAUGGAUUUGCUGUCUUUCUAAGCUCUAACAGGUGAUAUUUUUUAUAUUAAAUUGAAUUAUAUAAUUAAAAUUGAAUUAAAUCAACAACAAAAAUACAGGAAGGAAAGGUGACUUAUCUAUUCAAAUUAUAGAUAUUUUUUUGUGUAUCCAUCGCAACAAAAGUUUUGUCGAAGGAAACGGAAUACUGAAACUUUCAAAUUAACAAAAUGUAUGUCCUCAAUUUGUAUGUUUGCCUUUGUGUGGAUGUACAUUUAUAUUAGAUAAAUAUAUUGAAUUACUUAAAA